AAUCACCACAGUUACUUUGACACAAGAAGACAAAAUAAAAAUAAAUAAAUUUCAGGUUGGGUAAACACAGGCAGGCUGACAGAAAUAUUGGAAAGCAGACCGAAGGAAGUUUUAUCUCAAGGAGGUACAGAUAUAAUGUUAAUUGCCUACAAGAGAACAGGAUCUACUUUUCUCGGGGACUUGUUAGGGCGUCGUGCGGACGUGUUUUAUUGGUACGAACCGCUGGCAGAAGGACGAAUUAAGAACUACUUAAAGGGACGCAACCUCCUUUGCGAAUACUCGAAGCCAAGCUGUAGAAACAUCUCGGAGGCAGACGAGAAAUCUGCAGUAAAUGCAAUCAGUCAUUUGUCUGACAUCUUCUCCUGUAACGUCGCCAGGCGUGUUAAUCAGAUAUCCUCUCUAGAUUACAUCUGGAAAUUGACACCUGCCAGUUGGAGACCGUUUGUCAACUGCACUAAAAACCUUGGCAACAGACACGUCCAAAGGUGUGCACAUGUAUUACAAGACAGCUGUAAACACUCACAACACAGAAUGGUGAAAAUCUUACGUAUAGAUGUCGAAAUAGUUGGAUCAAUGCUUGAGUCAAAUCCUCGACUAAAGAUGGUCCUGCUGUUUAGAGACCCGCGCGGAUCAAUGAACAGCCGACUUACAACCACAUGGUACAGAAAAUUCGUCAAUACUGAUUCGAAAAAAAGUGAUGAUGCUGAGGUAUUGUGCUCCCGUUUGACUGAUGAUAUUUCUGCCGGUAAAAUAUUAAAAGCAAAAUUUCCUGGUAGGGUGAUUUUACUGCAGUACGAGGACUUUGACGGAUACGAAGACAAGUUACACAUGUUGUAUGAUUUUCUCAACAUUGGUCCACCAAAGGAGGGUGCAGUCACUGUUUUUAAAAAAGGUGAACAUGUCAAUCAUAAGGCAGCAGGGUUUCAUCCGUUUAACUAUAGACAUGAAAUGUCAUUUCGUGUGAAUGAAAUUAUAAACGUACAUUGCUCAGACGUUUAUAAAGAAUUAGGAUUGCGUCAGUUUGACAAUGAAAAUGAUUAUAAAAAUGACAACAUUUCUGUUAUAAUUGAUAAACUUCCGUUUGCAAUUAUGCCAUAG